AGGUGCUCUGUGCUGCUGCAAGUACGUUGUCAGAGAACUUGUAAGAGGCAGGCAUCGUGGUGUUGGUGAAAGCAACUGUAAUUAGACGUUAGAGAGAUGGCUGUCAAUGUGUACUCGACUAACGUAACAGCAGACAACUUAAGUCGACAUGAUAUGUUGGCUUGGGUAAAUGACUGCUUGGCGUCGAGUUUUACGAAAAUUGAGGAAUUAUGUACCGGUGCUGCCUAUUGUCAGUUCAUGGAUAUGCUAUUUCCAGGAAGUGUUAUUAUGAAAAGAAUAAAAUUCAAGACGAAUCUAGAGCAUGAAUAUAUCCAGAACUUCAAAAUUUUGCAGGCUGCCUUUAAAAAGAUGGGAGUUGAUAAGAUUGUUCCUAUUGAUAAACUUAUUAAGGGCCGUUUUCAAGAUAAUUUUGAGUUUCUUCAGUGGUUUAAAAAGUUUUUUGAUGCAAAUUAUGCGGGGCAAGAAUAUGAUGCCUUUAGUGCCAGGGGAGGUGAAGCAAUGGGCAGUGGAGGUAGUAAUGCUCCACGGGGUAUAGGUGUGUCAACAACGAAAAAGGCUCCUCAGGUUCAGGUGGCUGCAGUCGCACCUUCAACACGCACAGCAACUAAAGUUGCAACAAGAGUACAGCCUAGGCCAGCACCAAACAGGCAGUCUGCAUCACAAGUACCAAAUCAAAAACAAGAUAACAGUCGAAUUGAGGAGUUGAGUACACAGUUGAUGGAAAUGAAACUGACAGUAGAUGGUCUGGAGAAGGAGCGAGAUUUUUACUUUGGCAAACUUAGAGAGAUUGAAGUAAUGUGCCAAGAAAAUGAUAAUGAACAAAACCCUAUAAUUCAAAAAAUACUGGAUAUAUUGUAUGCAACAGAGGAAGGCUUUGCAGCCCCAGAUGAAGUGGAUGGUCAGUUAACUAAUGACCAAAUUGAAGAGGAAUAUUGAAAAAUUUGCAGAAAAAAGAUUGUGAUGAUUAAGGGCUUCAGUAAUUUUUGUGCUAAGUGUCUUUUUUUUUAUACAUGUAUAACUCAGAAUUUUAAAUUAUCCCAGUAAUAAACGUAACACACUAGGUCAAAGCUUUUAAGGGCCCAAGUUUUUUAAUUGCCAUUUUUUGUGAAUUUCAAAAUUGGUGAAAGCAGUUUAUAUUUUAAAGUUGUCACACAGGCAUUGUAUAGAAACCGUAAUUUACUCAUUUCUAGUUGAAUGUAUAUAGUUUAUGGUACGUUUACUUCAAAUGAUUAGUAUUUUAUGAACAGCACACUUCAACAAAAAAGAAAAUAUUUUUUAAGUAUUUUGUGUGUUCACACUUUGUCAAGCAUUUUGUUCAUUGUAAUACUUGUUGAUGUUUCAAAUGUGUGAGCAGUAGCUGCUCAGCCUCUUUGAGGAGUUUGUUACAGUGUGAGUGCUUUACUGCAUUGUGAAGGACACUUGUGAUGCUUUCUCUUGUCUUCAGAAUUACUGAAGGCAUUACUGUAGGCAAUGUUUGCACCAUGAUUUGCUGCUGUCAGGAGAGGUGCUUCAUGUUGUACUGCUGCCGCCAUCAUGUGCAAUUGAUCUGCAGUGAAAUAUUAAUAAUAUACUAUUUGUUGUGUAUUUUGAGCCAUUGAGGUGACUGCAGUGAACUUCAAAACCUCAAUAUAUACUUUGCUCAUCUCGACUAACUAGAAAAUAUUUAUAUUUGUUUUAGUGUUUUUUCUUUAGUAUGCUCUAAACCCAGUAAAUCUUCAGUUAAUGUAUGAUUUGCAUUUAAUAAAACUUCUCACAUAGA